AUCUCGGUUUCUAGAUCUCGCGCUAGUGACGUUACGCACGCAUUUUAUAACAAAGAAAAAUGCCGCCCAAGACCAGUGGCAAGGCCGCCAAGAAAUCUGGCAAAGCCCAGAAGAACAUCUCCAAGACUGACAAAAAGAAGAAGAAGCACAAGAGGAAGGAGAGCUACGCCAUCUACAUUUACAAAGUGCUGAAGCAGGUGCACCCGGACACCGGUAUAUCCAGCAAGGCGAUGUCCAUCAUGAACUCGUUCGUGAACGACAUCUUCGAGCGAAUCGCCGCCGAGGCUUCCCGCCUGGCCCACUACAACAAGAGGUCAACGAUCACAUCGAGGGAGGUGCAGACUUCCGUGAGGCUUCUCCUGCCCGGUGAGCUCGCCAAGCACGCCGUCAGUGAAGGCACCAAGGCGGUCACCAAGUACACCAGCUCCAAGUAGAUGAUUUAUAUAUAGUGUGUGUGUGUGUUUGCUAACGUGUGUCCGUCGAAGUGUUUUGUUUUGUUUGCUCCUACACAUCACCUACCCCUUCACGGUUGGGUCAGGUAGUGGAUGGGAUCGGACGGGCGAAAUAUUUGAAUGGAUGCAGAAUGGCAGCACAGCAUAUACGCACGCA